AUGGAUCUUUUACCCACCUUGUAUUCAAAUCGUUUAGCCUAUGGUAGUAACAGUAAUUCUAUUAUUGGUACAAGUAUCACUACUACUAAUAAUGGUAAUUCAGUAGUCAAUAUAAGUGGCAACAAUAACAGCAACACAGAAGUUAAUCUUCUCCACGGAAGAGAUCCUAACGGUGUGGAAGACAAUUUACCCAUGGAAUAUCAUCGUGGAAUAUACAAUUUAAACUAUUCACAUCAUCACUCUAACAAUACUGGCGAUAAUAACAAUAAUAAUAAUACUGAUAAUAACCAAGGCCAACAUCAAUAUCAUCACCAGCAUGGCAAUCAUCCGCUGAAACUUCCACGACGACAUUUAUCUGCUAUCCCUAAUCCCAUGUACUACUAUCUUCAUUUAUUCUACAGGAAUCGUGUAGAGACACGACGUAGUCGUAUCGCCAAAACACUAAGGGAAAUAGUUCAAAUAGCUCAAGAAAUUCUUCAUGAAGUUGAAUUACAAGAACCACGUUUCAUCAGUACCCUGAAAGUGAUCAAUACCAGUUAUCCUAAUCAUCAAGCUUUAGAUCAAAAACAACCGAAUCAUGAUCCUGAUCAUGAGGAUAUUAUUGAAAGUACUAGUGAUACUUGUACUUCUACUAACACUAAUACUACUAACAAGAUGAAUAUGAGUAGUGUAAAUAAUAGUAAUACUUCACAAAAUGGAAUUUAUUAUGAUGGUUUACGUGUAUUAUCUUCGAAUAAAUUUGAAAUCACACUGUUUUUAAAUCAAAUGGGUGUCUUCAACUUUAUGGAUGAUGGAAGUGUCCCGGGAGGGGCUGUCCUCAAGCUAUCCGAUGGUCGUAAACGUUCCAUGUCAUUAUGGGUCGAAUUUAUCACAGCGUCUGGUUAUCUGUCAGCGCGUAAAAUUCGUGCACGUUUCUACAGUCUUGUUCAACAAGCUUUGCAGAAAUCAAGUUAUCGUGGAGUGGUACGUAUGUUGGGACAGACAAGUGAAGUUAAAUUGUGUAUACGGGAUAAGUAUAUUUUACAAAUUACUCCAGGAUUUCGAUGUAACGGUCUGUGGCCGAGAUCAGCUAGUCACUGGCCAAUGACAACAAUGAACUCGAGUGGUAAUCAGUUUGGUUAUGCAGCAGAUUCCACCAGCAACUCAACCUCAGCGGCUACGCCUAAAUGGCCAUCCAGUCAAUUGGUUAAUGAAGUGAAACGUGAAGGUUUCUGUCUGCUAAGUCAAGAAUCUGUAUACACUAAGGAUAAACAAGCUUCCGCUGAAGGUGACGCCUGGUUGCUAGACUUCUACGACGCUGAGGAAAGACUGCUACUUAGUCAUAAUAUACGUAGACAAUGUUUUAGUAUAUUAAAAACUCUAGCGGAUCAAUAUUUAACAGGUCAUCGUCGAUGUCCGCAUUAUUUCCUACCACAAUUGGAUAUAUUUCGUGGUUAUUCAGUGAAUGGUAUGGAUAUUACAGCGAAACAAACAUGGGGAUUAUUAAGAAAAUUAUUAACUUGUCCACAAGCCCUUGAACAUCUUUAA